AUAGAGAAGACGAGCUUCUCUCUCAACUUACUCUGACUAAUUUCAAAUUCAUACUCAAUCUCUCUCUUUCUCUCUCAUCUUAAUUGCACAGCCAUGGAACCAUGGCUGGACGAUUUAACCGACGAUUUACAGAGUAUGAGCUUCAAUUCCACAACUACUGCCACUGACAUCAAUAGAAGUACCAGCUCCGGCUCGGAGACAACAUGGACCGCAGCUUCCUCCGCCAUCUCCUUCGCCUCCAGGAACCGCGCCGUAUCAGGCGGCGACUCCCGCUGGGAUUCAAUCAGACAGAUCAGAUCCGACUCUCCUUCCGGCCAACUCUCAUUCUCAGACCUCCGAUUCCUACAACGCCUCGGUUCUGGCGACAUCGGCGCUGUCUAUCUCGCCGAAGUAAAAACCUCCGUAGCUUCCGAUGCCGAUGCGCCUCUGUUUGCGGCUAAGGUAAUGGACAAGAAGGAAGUAGCGAGUCGUAAUAAAGAAGGAAGAGCGAAGACGGAGAGAGAAAUACUCGAAAUGCUUGAACAUCCGUUUCUUCCUACGCUCUAUGCUGCAUUGGAAUCGCCGAAAUGGUCGUGUUUAUUGACGGAAUUCUGUCCCGGCGGCGAUCUUCAUGUUCUUCGGCAGCGUCAGCCUUGCCGUCGGUUUCACGAAUUUGCUGUCAGGUUUUACGCAUCAGAGGUAGUAGUGGCUAUUGAAUAUGUUCACAUGAUGGGAAUAGUUUACCGUGAUCUAAAGCCAGAAAACGUUUUAGUCAGAUCUGACGGUCACAUCAUGCUCACUGACUUUGACCUUUCCCUUAAAUGUGAUUCAUCUUCAUCAACAGCCCAGAUCAUCUCCGAUCAAAAACCAUCAACUCCAGCUCUCCGCAUAGAAUACCCACCUCGUCCUCAACCCACAUCAUGUAUUCUACCUAGUUGCAUUGUCCCUGCCGUCUCAUGCUUCAACCCGAAACGCAACCGCAAGAAGAAACCCGGACAACCAGGAACCCGCCCUGAAUUCGUGGCGGAACCUAUGGACGUACGUUCAAUGUCAUUUGUCGGGACCCACGAAUACUUAGCUCCUGAAAUUGUCUCCGGGGAGGGACACGGUGCUGCAGUUGACUGGUGGACGUUGGGGAUCUUCAUAUUCGAACUUCUAUAUGGUACUACCCCGUUUAAAGGACAGGACAACGAAAUGACGCUGGCAAACAUUGUGGCCCGUGCACUUGAAUUUCCUAAAGAACCGGUUGUGCCGGCGGCGGCUAAGGACUUGAUUGCGCAGUUAUUGGUCAAGGAUCCUGUUAGGAGGAUGGGGUCAACUAUGGGUGCGUUUGCGAUUAAACAUCAUCCGUUCUUUCAAGGUGUGAAUUGGGCACUGUUGAGGUGUGCCACACCGCCGAUUGUUCCGCCGCCGUAUAGUCGCCCGGAUGUUGUGUCGGAGGACAGUUGCCCGCAGAGUCCGGUGGAGUACUAUUAGCUUAUAUUUAUUUUAGUUAUUAUUAGACUGUAGAAACUCUUUAAGGCGGCAGUAUAUAAAAAUAUUUGAUGGUGGGGGUUUAAUUAAUUUGCUAUUUAAUUUUCA